GCAGACACGAAUACGAGUUGCAAUAUAUUGUUGAAGACUUAGCAAUCAAUCAAUCAAUCUUGUUCACCACUUAGCAAUGGAAGAAAAGACGAAAACAACACAAGAGAAUGGAUCAUCUUCAAAUUUCAGUUUCACAAGCAAUGGCGCAACCGCAAGCAGUGGCGCCGGUGGUGGCCGGCGUGGGCUGCCAAUGAUCCAAACCAGCCACAAGGACUCAGAAGAGGUGUGCCACGACGACUGCGCUACGCCGGUGAAAGCUCAAACCAUCGAUGAGCUCCAUUCCCUGCAGAAGAAAAGAUCAACCCCAAACACUCCCAUCAGAGCAACAACAUCAACUGAUCAACCUUCCUUUGCCAUCAUUUCCGAAGAGGAUCGCCAGAAGCAGCAACUUCAAUCCAUCAGUGCAUCGUUGGCAUCGUUUUCAAGGGAGACAGGGCCUAAAGUUGUGAAAGGAGACCCUUCCACGAAAAUUAAGGACGGUCACACACACGUUGAUCAUCAUAUUCCAGUAACAUUUGAUGAUGCUAGUAUCAGUGACAGUUCGCUCAAAUUCACCCACAUCCUCCACAACCUUUCCCCUGCUGAGCUUUAUGAGCAAGCGAUAAAGUAUGAGAAAGGUUCAUUUGUAACGGCAACUGGUGCAUUGGCCACUCUUUCUGGAGCAAAGACAGGGCGCUCUCCCCGUGACAAAAGGGUGGUGAAGGAUGACACCACUGAACGUGAACUUUGGUGGGGAAAAGGUUCACCUAAUAUUGAAAUGGAUGAGCACACCUUCUUAGUCAACAGAGAAAGGGCUGUUGAUUACUUGAAUUCCCUUGAAAAGGUUUAUGUGAAUGAUCAAUUUCUGAACUGGGAUCCUGAAAACAGAAUCAAAGUCCGAAUUGUAUCUGCCAGAGCUUACCAUUCCCUAUUUAUGCACAAUAUGUGCAUCCGACCCACUCCUAAAGAGCUAGAGGAGUUCGGCACUCCAGACUUUACUAUAUACAAUGCAGGGAUGUUCCCUUGUAAUCGUUACACGCACUAUAUGACUUCAUCAACCAGCAUAGACAUCAACCUAGCAAGGAAAGAAAUGGUUAUCCUUGGCACACAAUAUGCUGGGGAAAUGAAGAAAGGUCUAUUUAGUGUAAUGCACUACCUCAUGCCCAAACGCAAUAUUCUCUCCCUUCAUUCUGGGUGCAACAUGGGCAAAAAUGGCGAUGUCGCGUUCUUUUUUGGAUUAUCAGGUACUGGAAAGACUACUCUUUCCACUGAUCAUAAUCGGUAUUUGAUUGGAGACGAUGAGCAUUGCUGGAGUGAAAAUGGGGUGUCGAAUAUCGAAGGAGGUUGCUAUGCAAAGUGUGUUGAUCUUUCAAGGGAUAAGGAACCAGAUAUCUGGAAUGCCAUAAAAUUCGGGACAGUUCUUGAAAAUGUUGUUUUCGAUGAGCAUGCCCGAGAGGUAGAUUACUCAGACAAAUCUGUAACUGAGAACACUCGUGCAGCAUAUCCUAUCGAGUACAUACCCAAUGCUAAGAUACCAUGUGUUGCUCCUCAUGCAAAGAAUGUCAUCCUUCUAGCUUGUGAUGCAUUUGGGGUACUCCCCCCAGUAAGCAAGCUGAGCUUGGCCCAAACAAUGUAUCAUUUCAUCAGUGGCUACACAGCCCUGGUUGCUGGGACAGAGGAUGGUAUAAAAGAGCCACAGGCCACAUUUUCAGCUUGUUUCGGGGCGGCAUUCAUAAUGAUGCAUCCUACUAAAUAUGCAGCAAUGUUGGCUGAAAAGAUGCAGACGCAUGGGGCUACUGGAUGGCUUGUCAAUACUGGCUGGUCAGGAGGAAGCUAUGGAUUAGGAAAUCGGAUCAAGUUAGCUUACACCAGGAAAAUCAUCGAUGCCAUUCACUCUGGGAGCCUUUUGAAUGCAGAGUACACCAAGACUGAAGUAUUUGGGCUUGAGAUCCCAAAAGAAAUAGAUGGAGUCCCUUCUGAAAUCUUGGACCCCAUAAACACUUGGUCUGAUAAGAAUGCCCACAAAGAUGCACUUCUGAAAUUAGCCAGUCUAUUCAAGAAGAAUUUUGAUGUAUUCACGGCCUAUAAGAUAGGGGACGAUCAAAAGUUGACUGAAGAGAUCGUAGCUGCUGGUCCUAUAUUCUGAUAGGAGCCCUUCAAGUUUAAUAAAGAAACUGGACACAAAUAUCAGAACCCAAGGCACUGCGUGAUGAUUUAUGCUUUCAGAUCAUUUAAAAAAUGCGAGUUUAUGUAUGUUGCAUGUUUAACAACAAUGAUUUAUGAUUUCAGGUCAUUUGAAAAAUGCAAUUUCAUAACAUUUAGGUAAUCAAAAUUCAAAAGGUCUUCAUUAUGUGUUUGUAAGCUUGACUAUAAGACGAGCCCUUCUUUAUUAUCUUUCUGCCGAUGUAUAGUGAUUGAGAACUGAGGCUUCCAUCAGAAUAAUAUGAACCGUAUCAAUAAGUAUAUCAAAUCUUAUAUGCAUACAUGUGUGUGUAUAUAUAUUAUGUCGA